UUAUGCGUUGCUCUGAACAGAUAAUAACGGGAGUUGAAAUCAAUAAAUUGAGCACUGGCGCGUUUAGUAGAAACAUGGCGGACUUGGAUAACCUGGAAUAUUUCAUUAAAUUUCCAAGUCCAAAUUUUAAUUAUAAUCAAAACGGUGAACAUGAUUUUGUGUUUGUUGUGAAUGAGGAGAAGAUUCCGGUAAUACUUUUAUUUGGAUGGGCAGGAUGUCAAGAUAAAUAUUUGGCAAAGUAUUCGCAAAUAUAUGAAGAGAAGGGGUUAAUCACUCUGCGGUACACUGCGCCGAUAAAAUGCCUUUUUCUGAGGAGGUACCAGAUGAUAUCAAUAGGAGAAAAAUUAGUGAAACUACUACACGAAUUGAAUUUUGAUACGCAUCCAAUAAUUGUCCACUGUUUUUCUAAUGGAGGUGCGUUCCUGUAUCAAAAUUUUUCUUUGGCACUGGAAAAAGCACCGAAACAAUUACCGAUUAAAGGUGUAAUUUUUGAUUCCGCUCCUGGCAGAAGAAGAGUUUUGAGCCUGUUCAGAGCAAUUUCGGCUAUAAUAGGAGGAAAUACAUUUUAUAAUUUUUCAGUAUCAUUGAUAAUGACGAUGUUUCUAUCAAUGAUCUGGUUGUAUGAAGUUAUUAGUAAUACAAUAUAUCCCAGGCCAACAUUUCAAUCAAAUCCAUUGGAAAAUUUGAAAAAUGAGAAAAAUAAAUGGCCGCAAUGUUUUAUCUACUCCAAGAAUGAUAACUUAAUUCCGCACAAAGAUAUUGAAUAUUUUGCCAAUUAUAGAAGAAAUCUUGGUGUGGACGUUACUAGCGUUUGCUACGAGAAGAGCCUACACGUGAAACAUUUGGCAGAAAAUAGGAAUAGCUAUGUGAAAACAGUUUACAACUUCAUCAACAAAUGCCUAAAUGGUAACAAUUAAAAUUGGAUUUGUUAGAGAUCAAAAAGAAACCAUGAAUUCAUAAUUUGCAUAAAAGUAAUGACGUACUAGGGAAGUUCUAUAACAAAUUUCUCUACUACAGAUACCUUAAUUCCGUUUCUAUUAAUAUUUUGAAAUUAUUCAUAUCAAGCAGUUCUAAACUGAAAGUAGGUGUAUCAGAAGUAACAGUACUAUGAAUUAAUUAACAAUUUAAAAAAAAUUCGGUAAUUAUUAUCAUUACUUUUUCGUUAUUUAUAGAUCAUAAAUCAUUAAACGCAUAUAUUACCUUGUAAACGUUAUCUCUUAUUGAUAGUAGAUUUAUUUUAUGACUAUAAUGUCUAAUUCUGAUCAAUUUGGUCGAUUGUUCCAAACAAUCAUUUCUCCAAAAUAAAAUUAAUUUUAUUCUCUAAAUUUUAGGGUAGGUAUGUCUUUAGCUCGGUAUAUAUUUUGUCUCACUUAUAAGUGAGGCUUUGAAGUAUUUUCUGAUGUUUUCUUGAUUCUGUCUUCAGAUGUCGUUUACCGAUUGGCUUCUUGGAUCCUUAAGAACACUCUCAAAAGCAUUUGAUGCUAAGUCAUGUCUGAAUUUGGCUACUCAACAAUACAUCUGCAAUCAAGUACGAACUUAGAACUGUUAACAGAAUGUGUAGAUCAAUUUUUAUGAAGAAGCUUCAAGGAGUUUUUGCAUUUCCAUUUUUUGUCUUCCGCUACUGAUUUUGGUUAUUUACAACCAAGUAUAUUAAUGACAAAUAACGAAGUUAUUACAAAAGGAUAUAUAAAAACAAAUCAUCGGGUAAGAAGGCUCAUAGAGCUGUUAAUAAUGCUCCAACUAUUGAAGUCGUUUAUAACUCCCACGCCUAUGGAAAAUUCAUCAGAAAUUUUUACUGAUAACUAACUAAGAACAUGACCUUCAAAUGAAUCUUCAAAAUUUAGUACUAUCAUAUCAAUGUCUAUUCAUGACGGCAAGUAUUUUUAGAACUUUUCUUUCGGAAUAGUUUCCAUCAAACCAUUUCCUUUUAAAAACUUUUUCUUCCAGAAGAUGAAACUAUAUGGUGCCAAAUUUUUUGACUAAGGCGAAUAAAUGAGAAAAUCUCAAGUGGCUUAAAACUCUUGACUCACAUUUUCAGGUCUUUUCUUCGUACAAAAUUUUUUUCUUUACACACAUUUUUGAUGGCCAUAUGUCUUAUGUCACAAUCGAAGAAAAGUAUGACUACGACCUUGAUGUUCGUCUUUAAGGAAACGUCCAUAAACCAGGUAGUUCGGCCAAGAGAAGGGGGCAUAAGUUGAAAUACUUCGCUAAGCCAUGUGACGGGGGGGGGGGUAGAUGAGAGCAAAGCUACGUAGUUUUCUCAGAUGAAAUGUUGUUAAAGAAAAUGAUCUUAUUUGGCACACAAAUGCUAAUUUUUGAGAAAGAAUCAUGAAUACAUUGUUCAAAAAAUAAUGAACUGUUAAUAAAUGAAUUUAUUUCAGAAUUACCCAUAUUUAUUAAAAGUUGAAUGAUAUAUAUUAGUAGCUAACAAAUAUUUGUUGGAAGUUUCUAGAUUGUAUUUUAUGGAUGAUUUAUCACUUAUUGCUAAAUAUUUAUUAAUAGUACGAUACAGUAAAAUAUUUUCUCAAUAAUAGAAUAGAAUAAUAUAUUGUGAAACAAAACAACAUAGCAUCGGGCAGGGAAGGAGGGGUCAUAAAAAAGGCUACGCUAGGCUAUGUGCAUAAUAUGACUACAUGGUUUAUGGACGCUCCCUAGUUAAUAGGCUACUGUAGGGCGAGGUGAGUCACUAAGUUUCCAUCGACAGCUCUGGAUAUCCAUAGGACUAAUUUUCAUCUUCAGUAAAAAUUUCAAUAAUGAACUCGACAUGAAGACGAUUUUCAAAUUUAAUGCAAUGGAAACACGAUUUUUUCGUCCUUUAAACGAAAGACUGAGAGUAAAUUUGGCACUACUAAUUCUAUUUGGAAAUCAUUGAUUCAAAUUAUUUUAUCUAGUUUUGACCUCGAAGGACGUUCCAACUCUAUCCGUCUUUAACUGAUUCUUAGUCACGUUUGAAUUACUUGGACCAUUUGUAAACAAUGUUUAAAGCUAAUAUCACCAUAAACAAAUGUUAAUAUUUCGUGAGCGUGUAUGGCAUUAUUUAACUCUUGAAAGAAAAAAUUGAUGUUAAUACGUUGUUCAAGCGGGAUAUUCCACCACAAUCUAAUUAAAGCCAGAAUAGGUUUAAACUUAUCAGUAUUUGUCCGAAAAAGUGAGAAUAUUAAACAUAGUAGUUAAAAUUGAUGCAUCAUAAGUAAGUGCUUUUAUAAAAAUGGAGUCAUUUUAUUCUUUGAUCACACCUAACAUUUUCAUUUGAUGUUAUUUGAAAAUAAGCUAUUAAAAUCACGAUUAAACUUAUUUUACAAAUUUUUUAAUCCAUUUGAAAAAGUUAUAUUACUUCCCUAGUAUUUUGAUUACGUAAUACCAAUGCGUGAGGUAUUUCCAUACAAUAUUUAGAAACUGCAAAUCUAGUUUUUGUAAAUAAUUAAUUCUAGAGGAAUUACUACUUUUGUUGUUUUAUUCGAUUACAGAAUUCAAUGAAGAAUUGAACAGAUCAUUUUUCAGUUAAAUUUAGUGGCUUCAGUAUUUAAUUAGUUAAGCCUGAAAAAUAUUUAAAUUAUUUCACUUACUUUUACUUUAUCCACUUCUUAAUUUACAGAAAAUUCUAUACUUCCAUUAGCGAAAUAAUGAAAUUGAGAUUAUUUAUAUUACGACUAAAUGAAUAAUGUUAGCAGGUAAAUCAACUAAAAACCGUUGUAUUAUUAUCAUUCUAUUAUUAUCAUUAACGGUUUUUUUCCACCUUUUAUUUAACGAUAUGACAUUUUUUAUUGAUUUAAUUUAUUAAAUAAUUUCCGAAAAAUUGCUGCUGUUUUCAGCUAUACUGCUUUCUAUAUAUUUUUUUUACGGCUAUAACACAAAACUGCUGUGUCUUAAUUGUUGAUAGAUCAAUGAGGUACAUUGUUUUUCUUUAAUUCCUUGUAUUACAGUUGUAAUUACUAUUACAGAAUAAAUAAUCUCCAAUGGAAUGUCAAAUUGAUGCAAUGACAAAUCGGAUUACUUAUAAUUUUAUAAUUGUGAAACGUUUUACAAAAUCCUACAAUGAGCAAUGAAAGUGUAAUGUUUUAAAUCUUCUUGUUUGUUAUUCAAUGUGUAAUUGAUAUUUUUAUUGUACCUAAAUGAAAAUUAUUGAAAACAUUAAAUUUAAAGUUCAUGUUAGUUGUUACAUUAUUUCGCUAUUAUUUGUUAAGGUCAUAGAGAAAGUAUAGAAUAUAACACGCAUGGAAUCCUAAUUUCUUGUUCGUAUAACAAUAUGCUAUUUAUUGAUUUGUAGUUCAAUGUUUUGUGGUGAUUGUGCCGAUUUUUUUAUUGGUACUAUUGAGACUUGUUCUUGUUGCCAUAGUUGUUUCAUUGCUGGUGAAGUGUACGUACUUUGUAAUGUUUUCGUUUGUGUGAUGUUUACAUAGUUAGAUAUAUUAAGAUUUGUUUUUUAUACCAUAAGCUAUAUAUGACUGCCGUCAUAUAUAGCUUAUGGUAUGAUACUGUUGGGUCUGUGAGUAUGGUUAUAUGCCUUCAAAAUUUGUAAUUCUUAUUUUUUAGAAGGUUGAGAGGUGUAUAUUUAUAGGAUGAUGUUCAUGUUUAUUUUAGCUAACGAGGUCUAGCUGUUAAAUAACGAGACUUUCUUUGAAAAAGCGUUUUAUUAUAAAAAUUAUUCUACAUUCGAAUGCUCCUCUUCAUUAUACUCCGUCCCCUCUCCACAUACCUUUCUAUACGUUUUUUCCAUUGAUCGAAGCAGUGCUGGAAGUCUUCUUUGGUGAGGGCCUUUAGGAGCUCUGCCGUUUUUUGCUUUACCGCUUCCAUCAACUUAAAUCGGGUCCCUUUCAAAGAGAUCUUUUUCUAACCUUUCAAGGAAAUCUGAGCAGACCCGUUGACGCAAGCGCUUGUAGUCAGGAGCCAUAUUUUUUCGCACAGACUUUUGUCAUGUGUAAUUCCUCGUGUAAAAUUUUUCUAACCGUUUCUUAAUCGGCGUUUACAGCCUCGGCAAUCAUCCGGAUGCACAUUCGACGAUCUGCACGCAUAAUUUGGUUGAUUUUGGUCACUGUUUUCCGAGUUGAAACAGUGCUCUCUCGGCCAUCACUAAAGCGCUUACACUACUCAAAAACACGCGCACGAGUUAGAGAAAUGUCCUCAUAGGCCUCUUGCAAUAAUUUAUAGCACUCAGUCGGAGUUUUUCCAAUUUGAUGAAAAAUUUUUUUUCGUCGCACAUGGUUUUCGGCACGAGAACGCUGGCACGCUACUGCACAAAUACUAUAAUAGAGAUGGAAACGUGUUUUGGGACGUGCAUAGACAAGAUAUCUAGAUACCCAACGCACUAAUCGUUUUUUACCCUACCCGUCUAUGGCACCCUCUAGGCGCGCAGUCUCGUUAUUUAAUUGCCAGACCUCGUAUAUGUUGUUGAUAACUCCAGAUGUAUCAUUUUUCUCUGUUUCUUCUCGUUAUUGGACACAAUAUUAUUUUGAUGUUUGAACUACUUUUUCAAACUUGAAAUGCAUACAUUACAUUAAAUACGGAUAUAUUUUUUGUUCCUGAUAUUCUUUUUGGAUUUAGAAGACGCACCUUAGCCAUAAAAACGAUAAUUUGCAUAUGAAAGAAGGAGAAUUUAGAGUAAUAUUUGUAACUUAAAAUAAGUUAUCAGUCAAAUUUAUCCAAAUCUCUAAAACCAAGCGGAGCCAAUGCUUCCAUUUAAUUGGUUUGCUCAAAUAUAUGUUACAGUAUUUUUAUUUUAUAUUAUAUUGAGUACAAGUUACAUUGUUUAGUAAAGUUUAAAUUUUCUGCUUGUAUAACUAUGCAAAGCCAUCACUUCCAUUGAAUUUGUUAGCCCGAAUGUUUGUUUAUUAUUAAAGUAUGAGAAAGUUUUGAAUAAAUGUUUGAUUGUUUCAAUUUAUUAUCUUAACUAAUAUGUAAUUAUCUAACUUGUUGUGGAAAAUACUGCAAAUAUAUGAAUGAAUACAUAUCUUUUCUUCUGAAUAAUAGAUUAAUUUUUUACGGAAAAAGUUUAUUUAUACGAGUACCAUUUAUUUUUGGCAACAAAAAAUUUAGUUGCUCUAUAAUUUUGAAAUUUUGUAAAUUGUAAUUUUUGGCCUUCCCGGUUGCCGACUGAUCCAGGAAGGAACCAUCUAGAAGGUAUCGUCGACCAUCUAGAAAACCAAGUGCACUUUAGAAACAUUGACUUCUUUGAAUAAAUUACAUUUGACAUGUCACAAAAAUGCGUUGCUCUACUUACUACUAUUUUUCGAGACAUAUAGAUGGCAAUUUUAACGUGCACCGUCACUAUCAUUAUUUAAUAGCUGCACCUCGUAUAUACAUAUCUCUGAGAGGUACAGCCCGAUCAAUCACGUAAUGAAGGAUUAAUAUACAAUUAAACUUAAGUAUUUCUGUUAUCUAAAGGAUUGCAUCUGAUAUAAGAUUAUAACAAUAUUUACUUUUGAUGUUAUAGAAUUUAUUAUCUUUAUAUAUUAUUAUCUGAUUUAUUUAUGUGCAUUUUCUUAAAUAUCACAGAUUUUUGAAUUCCAAUCUUGGAAGAUUGGUAAAUGUAAGAUUAACGGAUUAGAGAUUGAGUUCGUUUGAUAUUUUUAUUGGAAAUCACUACCAACUUUUUUACAGAUUUGUUCAUUUCAAUUAUUUCGAAUUAACUCUAUGUCAAGAAUUAUAUCAUAGAUUUUUAGUACUGACAAUUGAUAAUUUAUCUUUAGUUUGUAUGUUUAUCAAUAUUAUCUUCAUGUUUGCACAUUAUUAAGAUAAAAAAUGGAUGACCUCGCCUCGCUUUUAAAAAGUUUGUUUACAUAAUAAAACUAUGUGACAUCAGUUUUUAACUGCGCUUUAUUCAAAUAUGAUUUUGUUGGAUUUAGAAGGAUAUCAUUAGUCUAUAUGUGCUGGGAAAAUUCUGGAAGAAAAAUGAUUGAUUUUUCCUAUUAGGUAAUUACGGAAACAUAGUUCCUAAACAAGCAAGUAAAUUGAUUGGAAAAGACGCUGGUUAUAUAAUCGGCUUGUAUUUAUUAAAAAUAGAUUGAAUAACAAAAAUAUGUCACUGACAGCAUGAACGAAUGAUUGAUUGCUUCAUUAGAAUAAGGAGUGUCACAAUAACUGUAGAUACAACAAAUCUCCACCACUAAUGUGAAGGUUGAACGAAAGAUCUUUAUUGAAUUUAGUCUUUGAGGUAGCUUGGUUUUUUUUAGUGAGGAUAAAACGGCGUACACAAGUACCUUUAGCUCCUUGCGUCGUACGCAGCGGUUGCUCUUCUUGCGGUGGCUCUUCUUUGGUUGCUGGUUGCUGCAGUGAAGGCAAUUGAACUGGACCAUGACUCUCAGGAGUAAGGUUAUAAGGACGACUUUGAGAAAUGUCAAACACAAUUGGAGGUGGACCACUGUCGCUUCUUUCAUCAGUUUCAGUCGAACCACUAGGAAUUGGCACCCUAGAUGAACAAGUUGAUUGAUAUGUUGAUUCAGCUCACUUCAGCGUCUAGUUUCAAUAUGUAAUGGCGCGAAUCAAGACGCCAAGAUACAAAACAAAAUUGCCCAGUCUUUUUAUUAUUGAGGUAAAGGCGGACCUUCUUCCCCACUGAUAAUAACCGUUCAGGCAUUGUAGCUAAUGAGGAUUUUGACUUCUUUGGCAGAAAAAUAGCAUCUAAAUCGGUCCGCGAUUUUCCUCCCAGGUAGGAUUAGGCUGGAUAAAUUCAGCAAGUUUUCAGAGCGAGUGCCUUUAUCACAGGGUGAUGUCAUUAACCAAACCGGUGACUCUCAUUUUAUUGAUCGCCCGACUACCACAAUUAAUGAGAAGCAGUUUUUCGAGUCCAUGAGCUCUCUCAAAGGUCGUAUUGUUUCCACACAAAUCCAAGAUUCAGUUUGCUGUUUUGUUUGGUACCUAAAGAUAAUGUUUAAAUUUUAAAUAUUUACAACCCUCCAUUUUAAAAGUUUCGAACUAUCUCUUUGUAUACGGUAUAAUUUUUUACGGAAUAGAGAAAUAUGAAUGUAACUAACUUAAUUUUAACCUAACAGUAAACUUCAAUAGAACCUCGCGAUAAAUUAUGACAGAACCAACCACUCCACUUUUUCAAAUGCCGUUUUUAUUAGAAUGGAAAUGUAUACGUAUGAAAACAAAAGCGAGUAGAUGUACCUAGAGUACACAAAAAAAAUUACAAAAAUUGUUAAUGUUUUGUUAGAAUGGAGUAGAUUUUGAAAAAUAAAUAUUAUUAUUCGAAACUAUUGAGUAGCAAAUGAAGAAAAACAAGUUGAAAGGAGGCUCGUAUAUCUCAGCUGAUCAUCUGUAGCUCCAACACAAAGUGGGACUAUUUUUUCCUUAAAUUUUUCAAGAUCAAGUGAAAAAUCAUUUAGUCGUAAAUAUGGUGAUCUGAGAGUCCUAUGUGAAGAAAUAAUUUUGUCCAUAUCCUAGCCCCCAUUUCGUACCCUUAUGGGUUGAAUUCCUCAAAAUCCUCAAGUACUUAUUUGCGUCAUUCAAAUAAUAUUUGUUUACUUUUAAUGAUUUUUUCUCAAAUUUCUAGCAUUUAUGACUAAGUUGCUGGUUUAUCAUAGUGAGAAAGCACUAAUAAAAAUGGCGAGAACUCUUUUCAAUAAGCCUUCGAUGCUCUGUAUAUCCCGUAAAGAAUGAAGGCGUGACUAUAAAGCAUAAUGAGAAACUAUCAACAGCCCAUUUGAUAAACUGAGCGACUGUUUCAAAUUGACAUUUUAGACAACUUUAUGUCUUCUCUCUCCUUAGGCAGUGAAAUUAUCAAAAAUCAUAAUAUAUAUGAUUGACCGACUUCAUAGAACCUUUCAUUCACAGUUAACCUCUUUGAAAGUUGAAUUUUCAAAAACCUUGAAAUUCGUAGUUAUUAUCUUUUAAUCUCUAACAUUAACUAAUUGGAAAUCACUAACUUACAAAAUUGGACGGACUUUUAUGCAGAUUUCCGUUUCUUAUUCAACCCUAUUAGGACUGUUGAACACAAAAAUGGUUUACUAUUUUGUAAGGUUAUGUUAUAAAAUAACUGUCUAAAUUUCGUGAUUGUAAUUUCGAGUGUAUAAUGAUGAAUAUCACAAUCAAUCAGAAUCAGAUUAUGUUCAUUUGUAUGUUUAUGUUAAUAAUAAAAUAGCUUUUUCUUGUCUCGUCGUCUCGAGCGAGUCCAGAAUAUACCUUUCGUUAUGUCGAGGGCAGGCGAAAUGAGACGAGAGACUACUAACGAUGUAUCAAACAUAUAAAUCUAUUUGUAAACAAUUUUUUUUUAAAUUUCAUGUUAUUUUUGAAUGGAAAUGACUUAGAUGUAAGGAAUUUCGAGUAGUUAUCGACUAGUCCCUCUGGUUUAGAGACUGAUUUCGAUUCUAUUAAUUUGGGUUAACAAAGAGUGUAGUGGAAUUAUAAUUUAUCAGAAAGUUUUAUUGAAAUUUCACUGCACAGUGGACAUCCGUUGCUUGAAGAUUUUACAUUGGAAUUAAUAUGCAUUGUAGAAUAUACUGUCAAUACAAUAAUUAUAGCGUAUUAAAUACCAAAUAUUUGAGAGACUGGUAGGGCAUGUAGCCUUAUAGUGACGCCAUAACUUAUUUGCACUUGUGGGCAUAACAGUUAUUUAAGUCCGCUUGACAUAAUGUAAUAUACCCUGCAAUGCAAUGUAAUAUUUCUUGAUAAAAAGCAUACGCAGAUGAAGUUCAGCUGAUUGUUUCAUGCAAAAUCUCGCACUUGCAACAUCAUCAGUUUGGUGCUAUUUUUAUUGCGUCAAAGCUGCAAUUCUAGGGAGAAAUUCAGUUACUUUUAGCUUAACAGCAAACCUAUCCAUUAGGUUCCCAAACAAAGUCAGCAGCAGAUAUAAUUAUUGACAGUGUUAUCAUUGUUAAACCGAUCACAAAAUAUUGAAUCAAAUUAUAGGUAAGGUAUUUGUUUAAUUCGUUUAUUUAAUUUUUAUUAGUGGCAGCCAUGAUGCUAUGACACAAGACAAAGCGACGUGCAAUAUUUAUCUAUGCAAUAUUUUGACCUCGCAAGAAAUUGCAUGCCAUGUCAAGUGGCCUUUAACAAUAGUUUGACCAUUUUGGGAAGACGACAACUUUACGACAAUCUUAUAUUAUGUUUGUCGCAGUAAAUAGCCAAUUAAGUACUUUUGCCUGAAAGAAAACUAUGCAUAUCUAAUUUUAAUGAUAUCAUUUUAUUUAUUUAAUUGAUAUGUAUGUGGUGGUAUAAUUAUAUGAAAAACGAUUUUAUUGAACAAGAAUUGUUAUUUACAAAAACUAAAUAUCCUUACUUCAGUUGAUAGUUUAUAUUUAUCUUUGUGAUACGAAAAAUAGGUUAAUUUUUAAUUUGCACAAUUAUUAUAAUUUAAAUGAUUUUAGAAGAUAUAUUUAUGAAAUUAUUAUAACAUUGUUAUUUAUCUGCUAAUAAUUACGUUAACACCUUU